AUGGGGUUUAGGAGCUUACAGGACUUUAAUCUUGCCCUUCUCAGUAAGCAAGGAUGGAGAUUAUUAUGCAAACCCCAUUCUCUUGUUGGGAGACUUUUUAAGGCACGGUAUUAUACCAAUGGGUCUUUUCUUGAAGCAGAAAUGGGUAGUAACCCAAGUUAUGUGUGGAGGAGUAUAUUUGAAGCACGUUCUUUGGUCGUUGAAGGAGCCCGUUUGAAGGUAGGAAAUGGGUCAUCAAUUCGAAUGGGUCGUGAUCCCUGGAUCCCGAAGGCUACCCAUCGUACGCCGCUUGGUCUUCAUCCAGAGCUCACUAACAAUUUGGUGCAAUCUCUCAUGAUUCCAGUUUCCCUUGUGUGGGACAGGGACCUGGUUCGCGACAUAUUCUCACCAGAAGAUGCCGAAAUUAUUCUGAGUAUUCCUCUGAGUUUAGAUCGUUUAGAGGAUUCGUGGUAUUGGGUGUUAGAAAAAUCUGGGCUCUUUUCUGUAAAAAGUGUGUACCGUGUGUUGCAGGAUCGGAAGGAGGAGGCGUUAAUGGCAUCUCAGUCACCAUUUUGGGUUUCUUUGUGGAAAUUACGGGUGCCUCCCAAGGCCAAGGAUGUUGUGUGGCGUGCGGCAAACGGGUAUCUCCCAACCAGAUCUCGCCUAAGUCAAAAGCAUGUGCCGGUUCCAUCUGUGUGUCCACAGUGCUUUAUCGAAGAGGAGUCUAUCACCCAUUGUUUGAUUAACUGUCCUUUCGCUCAAGAUUGUUGGAAGGCAAUGGGUCUGAACUGUGUUCGUCCGUUUGGGGGUUCGUUUGCAGAGUGGAUCGAGCAAACUUGGCUGCUCCUGGAUCAAACUCGUAGGCAAUCGUUAGUCAUGCUCUUUUGGGGGUUGUGGAAAGCUCGUAACGACUUGGUGUGGCGCAAUAAGAGGUUAGCUCCGAAUUCUGUUGUUGUGGUGUCCACCUCAGUUUUCAAUCAGUGGUCCCAGGCUCAACUUAAAUCUGACAUCCCUACUGCUGCUUAUCUAACAGAUGCAGAUGGGGUGGAAAAUUGGCAACGUCCGAAUCCAGGAAGUGUUAAAGUCAACAUGGACGCAGCUUUAUUCCCAGAUUUGGGUACCUACAGUUUCGCGUGUUUGGCUCGUGAUGAACUUGGGCAUCCUAUAGAAGCUUUGUCUCGCUGUUUCAAUGGGCAUGUGGCUCCCGAGUUGGCAGAAGCUUUGGGUUUUAGGGAGGCAUUAAGCUGGAUAAAGAAGCAUAAUUGGCCGCGAGUGAUACUUGAAUCCGACUGCCUACUGGUCAUCCAAGCACUUAGAAGUAACGUUUCUAUGUUGUCUUAUUUUGGAGAUGUUAUUUCAGAGUGUAAGUCUAUAUGGAAUACUUUUAAUAAUGUUUCUUGUAUGUUUGUUAAACGGUCUGCGAAUAAAGCCGCUCAUGCUAUUGCUAAGGCGUCUUAUUCCCCAGCUGAUCGUAUCUAUAAGGAGGGGGAGUUCCCAUCCUCUAUCUUGAAUGUAAUCCUUGGUGAUGCUUUUUAA